UAUAUCAUGGCCAAGUGUGUGACCCAUGGCUGAACUACACUAUGCUGGAAUACCGCUGGUCCCCGAGAUUCAUUGACAACAGAUUCGGACUGAAUGGAACCGAGCUUGUGAUAGUGGAGUUUAUCUACGCCAUUAAUAGAAUCGAUGGCCAAGAAAAAUGUAAGAAUAUAUUGAAAGCUAUCCUCUGUUUAUACGUUCUGCCACCGUGUGACGCGAACAGUGUACGGUACCACUAUUGCAGAGAAGACUGCGAAGCUGUUUUCCAAAAGUGUUAUGCCGCUAUGAGAGAAAUGCUUGGAGCUGCAAAGUACAUUCUGGAAAAACUUGGAAUUGAAUUCGCGCACAUCGGAGUUCCUGACUGCACCAAGCUAAACUAUUCUGCUAGCUAUGAGGCUACUAAUAGCACCUGCUUACACUGGGGUCUGUUCGACUUCUCUACUGCUGAAACAGUAACACACUCGCCACCCAAGUCACACUCGGCCACUGUAGCGGGAGCGGUUGGUGGGGUCGUAGCACUUGUUAUUGUUGCCGUGGUGAUCUCUUGUAUCUGUAAACGGCGAAAGAAAAAAUUGAGCAAGGGAUUCGCGGGCGUCACUUUCACAGCCGUGUCAAUGAGAGACAGAAUUAGAGCCGAGGCCCUGCGCGCCCUCGACGAGAGCAAGGUCAUGAGUCUGUUUAAUCCUGAUGAUAUCAAACAGGUACCGCUGACCAGUAUAGAAUAUGUAAGGGAUCUUGGUUCCGGGAACUUUGGUUUGGUAUUUUUGGGAAGAGUGUAUGGCUUAAUUGAAGGAAAACCUGAAGCAGAACUGAUGGUUGCUGUCAAGACAUUAAAAGAAGGAAGCUCGACGGAAACUAAAGAAGAUUUUUUCAAGGAAGUUGCUCUGAUGUCCCUUCUGCAUCAUACGAACAUUGUUGAAUUGUUAGCGGUCUCUACUGAGGAAGAACCGUAUGGAAUGAUCUUUGAAUUUAUGGAGUUAGGAGAUCUUAAUCAGUAUCUAAGGAAAGCUGGGCCAUUCUUUGAAGGCGAUGAAAAAGAAAGAGUUACCCUGACUCAAGCUGACCUUAUAUCAAUGUCAUUGCAAUGUGCUGCUGGUAUGGAGCACCUGCAGACUCUAAGAUUUGUUCACAGAGACGUUGCAACCAGGAAUUGCCUUGUGGGUACUGGUCUCAUUGUAAAGAUCUCUGAUUUUGGAAUGUCCCGGGAUAUCUACGCUUCUGAUUACUAUAAAGUGGAGGGACAGGCUGUGCUGCCAAUCCGCUGGAUGCCUCCUGAAGCUUUAUUGUUGGGUAAAUUUACCCUGGAAUCUGAUAUUUACUCCUUUGGUGUUCUUCUGUGGGAGAUCUACACACUGGCACUACAGCCAUACUAUGGAUACACUAAUGAAGAAGUUGUGGAGUUUAUUAAAAAGGGAGUACAUCUUGGGCAGCCUGAAGACUGCCCAGACCACGUGUACCAAAUAAUGAAGAAUUGCUGGCACAAGGAGGCCUCACAGAGACCAAACUUUACCCUGAUAAUAGCUCAGCUUAAACAGGAAGACACUACGCACUACGACUCCCUCGACUCGCCGGGUGUCAGUGACAAGCAACCGCUGUACCAGAACAGCAGUGCCUCAUCAGAAGAUUUAAAAGAAGAGCUCCCCGUUAUCAAACAAACAACCAGGAAAAAUUCCCAGCAAGCCCUAAGCGCUUCACAGAGUGGUGUUCCCCCUCCCUCUGCUUACAUCAACGUCGCUUGCAAUCCUGGUUUCCAUAGCGAUGACUAAGAAGGAGUUUUGAAGAUGGCAUUUUAUAGGAACUUAAAGAAAAGUUGACCGGAAAUUUUUGUGCGAGCAAAAAAAGAGCGAGUUUGCUAUAGAUGAGGUUUUACAUCAUUCCGGUCGAGAUACAGCUAUUAUUUUAAGAUAUUGGUUCGCCAAGCACUGUUAAUAAGGCCUAAACUAAAACGAUAUAGGGAAAAUUAAAUCACUCUCAAGAGUGAUUGCUUUGAUUUCAUUUUUCUUUUCUUUACAUUCCAUCUUCUCAACAAAUUAGAUUUCAAAAUCUAAGACUUAGAUGCAUGCCUUUUCCCCGCCCUUGAGAGGCUUGGAUGCACUUAAAUAUCCAUUGACGAUAAGGCUUAUUUGGUUUGAUCUUAAAUACAAAGUGAGAAAAACGAUAUCAUUUUCCAUCAGAUGACCUCUAUUAGGCUUCUCUGAGAAUGGAAAAUCACUUUAAUCGCUUCCUUUUAUUGCUUCAACAUUUAGUAUGACAACGAUAAUUAUGUAAGUCGCAAUUUGGAAAAUGAAUAGAAGCACCAUGGAAAAUGUGGAAUAAGUUUGGGCAUCGGAAUACAAUCAUUAUGGUCGCUCGAUUAGUGUUGCGGAUUAAUCUGAUAAAAAUCUUGAAAAUUAGGUGAAUUUUGUAUUUGAUUUCCAUGUGAACGACUAACAAUAUCUCAAACAAUACUCAGGACUUAUAGACGAUUUACGAUCAUUCAGACGAAGUUAAUUUCAUUCCGUCUGGGGAUACCCAGAACGCUAAAAGUGAAUUAAACCAGAGACUGAACCGUAUGACACGGCAUCUUCUUUUAUUCGUUGUGGCCAAAAAAUAAUUGCUUGUAAGUGUCAGAAAGUUGUCAUCCAAUGUUAAUUCUCGCACUUGAGAUUGUGGUUGGUAAAGAAAAGUGUUCAUUUGUUGUGAAGCGCAUCUUGGAAUAAGCGAUCAGUCAGCAGUUUCAAGUUAAUUGCUUCGCAUGUAAAACGGCCAAUCGAUUUGAGACACGACUCAACAAAUAGAUUCUAUGUUGACGUGCGUCCGUUCGGCAGGAGAUCUUAGAUGAUGUCAAAACGUGGCGAGAGCAAAUAAGUGGCAUUGAUGUCCAUACCACAUUCACACGUCUUCUUUGAUUUUUUGCGAAACAGACGCAUGCAUGGCAAUAUGGAGUCUAAUUGUUUUUAUAUGACAACAAAGCAAAAUGUUUUAAACGUCAUCUCUGUUUUAACUUCCAAUAGAUCAUGCGUAAGAAGCAAUCAAAUAUAACGCGUGUAUACUUCAGUUUAUCAUAAAAAUGCAGUAUACCUUAAGACAAUAAUUACUUGCAAACAUAUCAGCUGAAAUACAUACAGUAGGGAGAAUUUCGAAGUUACGCGUGAAUCAGUUGUAAGAGUUAAAGAGUAUCGAAUAUCAUACAUGACAGAUUAAGGGAGACUUCUAAUUUCAAUUUAACCUUAAAUCAACUCAUCUUAAUUAAUGUCUCCAAUGUGUAUUCGUAUUCACCUUCAUAUAUUAGACUAUUCCCUCCUUUUCGGCAAAGUCCGUCGUGCGAGUCAAAAAAAAAAAAAUAAUACAGCCAAAAAAAAACAAAAACAAAACAGGAAGAAAAGUUAAAAGCUAGUGCGCCACGCGGAGCUUUGGGAGUGAUGUACACUUUUCCCGGUGCCGGUUCCGUUAACCGGCGUCCCAUAUAUUUUUUUACCAAUCCUUUUUUUUCUUUUUUAUAAUCGCGCGACGAACUUCGCAGGAAAGCAUAUAACAUCCAUCUGGGGAAAUUAUUUGAAAACCUUUUUUCUUUUUCUUCAAAAUAUUUGAAUAGUUGACUCCAAUGUAUGAGUAUCACAAAGUAAAUAAUGGUUGACGUUGGAUGCAUGUUUUCCUACAUUAAUCUAGUUUGCA